AUGAAAAACUUUUUGAUUAAUCAACGUCGUAAAACCAUAACUACUUUAUUAUUAUGGAAAAACAACAUUCACCCUAAGCAACGUUCUGGCAAACCCAGAAAACCUUCUCCUAAACAACGUUCAACUCGUUUCGAACUUGCAAAUAUUUUAAAUAAACAUUAUUCUAAUCUCAAUAUUAGUAAUCGUACAGUACUUAAUGAGCUUUAUAGGCUGCAAUAUCGUUCCACCGUCCCAAAAUCUAUGCCUCUUCUUACCAACCAACACAAACAAUGUCGUAUAGAAUUUACCAUAAAAUACAAAAGACAAAUUUGGAACAAAGUCAUUUUUUCCGACGAAACUGCAUUAUAA